AUGCAAUGGGAACAUUCCAAAUGGCAGGACACUCAAGUCACCGAACACGGUCGAAGACUAGUAUACGCCCCCGAGCUUCAACGUCUUACCCUGCCCAGCGAAAAGUACGACCACAUGAUGAGUAUACUAAAAUCCAGUGGCGAGAAGGACAGCAAGGCUAAGGAGUUGUGGCGAUCAAUCAAAAGAACUGAACUAGAUCAUAUUGUGCUCAUGAAGAAGGCGGAAACCAUCUCUCAAGUUGCUCCCCGAUCAAUGGCCAGGGAGAUCCAAGCUCAAAGAGCUCAGUUGCUGGACUCAAUCAAUCGGGAUGCGUCAUACACCGUCAAUACGGUACGAUCAGCCGCUCGCGCUUUCUUGGACAAGGCGAACUAUAAUCUGCUCAUGCUGAGUGAUAUCUCAGGUGUCCCCACGAAAGAGCUGAUUCAGGGCGCUGCCAAGACCACAGGCAGAUCAGGAAAGCCUCGCUUGACAGGGACUGUAGUCACGGACACUAUGGCUUCUGGAAAUUGUUAUCUUGCUGCCUCCAAACAGCAGUACCAAGAUUCAUUUAGCAAAUACGCCGAAACUUCACAUGGUGAGAAGACUCUAUGGUCCGAGUUUGAAGCCAUCAUUCCGGAGCUAGUAUCAGGGGCAGACCCAGAAGGGGAGGAACAUGAAAGCGAGGGUGAAGAAAAUGCAAAACCUCAAGGCAGCUCGGACUCUGAUCAAUAUGUACCGGAUGAUGCUACUGGUGUCUCAGCUGCUAUAGAAGAGAUGAAGUCCAAUACUCUCCCUGAUCGUACUUAUGCUCAAGUUUUACAAGGACCGCCCUCUAAAUAG